CGACGCGGUCUUCAGUAGCUUCCGGGUAACAGGGCCUGCUUCCGGGAGCGCGGCGGUGGGGCCGGUGGCACCAUGAGCACCAUGUUCGCCGAUACCCUUCUCAUCGUAUUCAUUUCCGUCUGUACCGCGCUGUUGGCUGAGGGUAUAACCUGGGUGCUGGUAUACCGAACAGACAAAUACAAGAGAUUAAAGGCUGAAGUGGAAAAACAGAGCAAAAAAUUGGAAAAGAAGAAAGAAACGAUAACCGAAUCAGCAGGCCGACAGCAGAAAAAGAAAAUAGAGAGACAAGAGGAGAAACUGAAGAAUAACAACAGAGACUUGUCAAUGGUUCGGAUGAAAUCCAUGUUUGCCAUUGGCUUCUGCUUCACUGCCUUGAUGGGGAUGUUUAACUCUAUAUUCGAUGGCCGGGUGGUGGCAAAGCUUCCUUUUAUCCCCCUCUCAUACAUCCAGGGCCUGUCCCACCGCAACCUUCUGGGUGAGGAUUACACUGACUGCUCCUUCAUCUUCCUCUACAUCCUCUGCACAAUGUCUAUCAGGCAGUGUCCUGGGGAUAAAUCAGUUCUGGAGUUUGGAUGAAUGCUGGUGGAAGUAGCUGUGCAAAUAAUCAGCUCUUUUGUACUUGUUUCCUUUUUCUUUGACUUGCUUCCUGAAUUCUUGCUGCUCUUCUCCUUGGCCAGCUUAUUGCUUUUCCUCAGUGAGUGUCAAGGGAUAUAGAUUCAAGAGAUAGGCAGAGGGAAGUGACAAGUGCCACUGCUGUCAGAAGUUUGAGUGAGCUCGGUGAAGCAUCUGGAUAAAGUUCCUUUAGUCAGAAAUUAAAUUCAGUAUUGUCUCCGUAUUGAGUGUGUGUGUGUUGAAAUGGAUCUGUGCCUGGUCUCGUGUAAAAGCAAAUAAUGAAUUAUAAGAUAAUUGCAGGUUGAGAGGGUCAUCUGGAAGUCAUUGGGUUCACCCUUCACUCCCUGCCCCUCCUCAGAGCAGGGCCAGCUUCCAAGUCCAAGUACCAAAGGCCAGGAGUUUCCUCAUGUUUUCUGCAGGACAAAUCUUGUUUGACUUCCCACCAAUUCAAACAGUGUAUACUGCUUGGAAAGAAGUUGGACCUUUUGAGCACUUUGAGUCAUCUUUGUGGUCUGUUCCUUUGGGCAAUCUUAUGUGGUGCUCUUCUGUUACCUUUAAUGUUGAAAAGUCCCUUCUUUCCAGUGCUGCAGACUAUUACUGGAACUGAAGACAGCAUCUCUAAGAAUUGUUUUGCACCUAUUGAGUUGACUGGGGAGCUGUCUUGCAGAAAAAUCCCCUGUGGAUUUUUUUUGUCCAAGAAUAGAAUUUGUGUGAUUUGUUUUAGUCCUGGGCAUUUCCUGCUGUUGCCUGUUAUGGAAUGAGUAGACAUCAUAAACUAAGCAGUUGACCACUGUGGUUCUGGGGAGAAAUGUCAAACUGUAGCGGAGAAAUUCUGAUAGCAAAUUACCUCCAGUGGGAGAGUUUGCGCUGAUGGUCCAGUGAGGAUGGAAGUUACUUUGUUGCUUUCAAGGAAAGCGUUUUUGCUCUGGAGCAUUGGAUUGCAGCGUUUGUACUGCUGUCUUUAUCUACGUGACUGUGAUUAACUGUACCUGCAAUUCUUCAUCGUUAGGCAGCUCCAAGUUUCUUCUUCCUUGCUGUAUGGAGGGAUGGGCAGAGACCAGCUGUGUUACUUUCUGCAAAAGCUAGGAACUAAAGCUGUGAUUCCUGGCAUCCUGUGAUUGGUUUUAUUACUAUUUAGAGGUACUUAGAUGAUAACAGCAUGAGGAAGAGGACUUUGGCUGUGAGAAGCCAAGGGAGAGGGGAAGAAAGCAAUUAAGGACACUCCUAAUGGUGCCAAAGAUUUGUUCCUGGUGCUGCGACUAUAGAGGUGAAAGCUUCAUGACCUGUUGUUGUUUCACUGUGUGCAAAAGGGAAAAUUUCACUGGGCUGCCUUCUAAACAGCUGUUGGUCCAAGGGAGGAGAAAUGAUGUGUUUGAUUUAAUGCCACCAACGCGAGGAGGAUCAGGCUGCAAAAAAGCAUAAGGGAACUAUACGUCCCUCAACCUUCUCCUAAAUCCUAGAACUGACUGCAAGGGAUCGAGAUAGUGAAGGCAGCCAUCCUGGUGGAGCUCCAGAGCAGAGGAGCUUCUGUGCAUGUGAAAGACCAGAGAUCCUGAGGGAAAUGCAGGGGAGUGUGUGAGGGUGGGGAGGCUAGGUGGCUGUUGAUUAAACUCCCCUGAAUGGGAUGAGCAGCAACAGGCAGGCUAUUCAUGUGGUUCUCAGGCAUGAGCUCUUUAGACACUGACUGGGAAGCUUGCUGCCUGUGACCUGGCCAGCAUCUCCCAAAAUAGUUUACUUGCGGUGAGUAACUUCCUUUGCGCUGUUCCCAGCUCUCCCUGGCACGUAAAUCCUGUCCCCCAGUUCCUCCUGCUUUCCUGUUUGGAGAGAAGAGGGUUGCUGGGAGAGGCGUUCCAAGGGUCCUUGAGCUGUUGGGUUUCAGCUGGGAAAGUCUGCUGCCGGACUGGGCGUGAGGCACAGUGUCAGGGUUACAUCCUCUGUCCCCUCUCCUGUUUCUGAACUCCCGGCCUUCACCUGUGCUACGUGUGAAGGAGGCUGUGCUGCUCUUCCUCAGGCGUUUGCUGGUCUUCACUUCCUUUUCACACGUGCUUGAGCCAUAGAUGAGGCCUCUUCUCUCUGAAAUGUGUUCCCAGAGGGAGAGGGAGCCAGCGAUUAUCUUUUCUGCCCCAAGUGCACUUUCCCAUAUGGCCUCAUCUUCCCAGCCACGCGCUGAUGUGUUGGAGGCCCCUUCUGGAUUUCAAGAUGACUGCGAGAAGAAUGAGAGCUACAUCUGCUUUUAUCUGAGGAGCAUUUAUCAAAGCUCAGAUGAAGAAGUUGGAUCCUUAUGAUUUACUUUCUUCCUGUCGUGCUCCUGAAGGUGCUGGCCUUGUCUGUGUAGGAAACAGACUCUGCAGGCUUCCUUGUGCAGCGUGGUGCAUAGCAGCCAGGACAGAUUUCUGCUGGACCUUGCCCCAGCCCUGGUGUAGACAUCAGGACUUCUGUCCAGCAGAUCUCACUUUGUGGCUAAUGCAGAAGCACAAAUGAGACUCCUAUGGUAGGAUAAUCGUGCAGGGUGGCUGUGUACUUGAAUCCAUGUACGGACAAGUUGUCUCUCCUCCUCAGAACUAUUCAAGCAAAUGGAGUAAUUUUAGCACCACAGUUCUCUGUCCUGAUACUAAGAGCAGGGUGGGAAUGAGAGAGGCAGGCAGUUGAUCCCACUGAUGCUUGCUAGGGUCUCAUUCUGUUCCAUGCAUGAGCCACUACAAAGCUGACAGGAUUUGGGUCUUUCCUGCUUCUGACUCUGCACCACCCUCUGGUGUUACUGAAUCUGUCUGUUAGCUGCUCUUGCUUUGCUCCCUCUGUCUGUCUCUUGACUGAAAGCUCCGGGAAGGUGAAUUGCACAAAGGAGUUUCCCACAGUGAACUGCUCUCCUUUACUGAAUGUCAACCAGUGUAUAAUGUAGGCCUUGGACUUAACUGUGUUAGGUGCUGCUGAAGAUAUUCACAGGAAACCAUGCAGAUGGCUGAACUGUCUUCACUUUCACGUUUACAGGUGCCAGCUGAAACCUUCCUUUCUUCACCCUAGAUGACCCCUUUGAGCUACUCUGAAAUU